GAAAUGUUAUUCGGUCGUAAAAAAACCCCAGCCGAGCUGCUGCGGAUACACCAGCGUACACUUCAAAAGGCCCAACGAGAAAUGGAACGCGAACGUUCGAAACUUGAAAUUUCCGAAAAAAAGUUAAUAGCGGAUAUAAAAAAGUCCGCAAAAGCAAACCAAAUGGCAGCAUGCAAAAUUAUGGCUAAAGACCUUGUCAGAACUCGACGUUAUAUUCAAAAAUUCCAGGCGAUGAAAACGCAGCUUCAAGCUGUCAAUCUGCAAAUUCAGACACUUCGAUCCAAUCAAGCAAUGUCGGAAGCUAUGAGAGGGGCAACCAAGGUCAUCGUAAGUCAAGUCUUGGAUGAGAUUGGCAUUUCAUUAGAUCAAUCGCUAAUUGAUGCACCAAGCUCAGUAGAAAGGACAAAUGUGAAAGAAAAGAUUGCACAGGCUGCUGAAAUGGAUUCGAGUAAUGACGCGGCUUUACAAGCAAGGCUUGACAAUCUACGAAGAGAAUGA